UCCUGUCACCCCUUUUCCUUUCUCCUCCGCGCUUCCUGGCUAGGCAUGGCCUCUUUCUUGGACCUGGAGAGCAUGGCUGACGAAGCUACGCCGCCAAUUUGCACCGGCCGUUUCGUGUUCGGAUGCGAGCUGAACAGCAGUGUCCGUUCCUAUACUUUCAAAGUCUCGGAAGAAGAUGAUUCAGAUCAUUUCCUAGCUCUGAAUAUGGCUUGUCUGUCUGAGGGCGCCAAAGAUGAAUGCAACGUUGUGGAGGUGGUAGGUCGUGAUUAUCAGAACAAGGAGGUUGCUGUGCCUGUGGCCAACCUGAAGCUGUCGUGCCAGCCCUGGUUGUGUUUAAAUAAUUUUGAGUUCCAGCCCCCAGUGACCUUUCGUCUACGCUCAGGAUCUGGCCCUGUUCAUCUUGCAGGACAACAUCAAAUCUUUCACAGGAAGGAUCUCUCAGAUGAUGACUUCAUUGAUGACGAAGAGGAAUCCGUUGAGGAGGAAGAGCUUUCUCCUAUCAAGCCAGCUAAGAAGCAACAGAAGUCAUAGCUGAGCUUCCCUGGGAGUAACUCUCCAGAUGCCUGAGAAUACUCACCCUGAGUGGAGUAUUAUGCAGUUUUGUUUUGUUUUUCUGGUUUUCACUAAUUAAGCUUGUUACCUCAUCGUAAGAUGCCACAAGCAGUUCUCCAUUCCCAGCAAUGGCACUGACAUUUAAAAAUCAAACUGCCUUUUCAAGUAAAGGCUGUGAGCAGGAAAUGGUCUACCACUAUGUCUUUUUGCUCUUUAACCCUAUCUCUGGUUUUAUAUUCUAAAUAAUCUAGCAUGGUAGUGUGGAACAGAACUUGCUAUAGCAGAUAGACGAGGAAAGUAGCCAUCUGCAGGACUACGGUAGGGACCCUCCAGUGCGCAGCUCUCCUUGUCAUGGUACUGUUACAGACCUAUGUGCCGAUCUUGGAGAACUGGCAAUCAUGGCAGCAGCCUGACUAAGUUGGUCUGGGAUCUUUGCUUCUCCCCAAGGCAUGAGGGGCGGUAGAGCUACCUGGGUGUGGUUAGCUGUGGAGCUAAAGAAAUGGGUGCCCAUGUCCCGGAUGUGGAUGCUGCCGCGAUCGGGACUUUUGUUUGUGACAGUUGCUACAGAUUUUAAUUUAUCGAGAUGCAACUGGUGCUGAAUUGAAAAGCUCACUCAAUCUGGUGGCUGUUAGAAGUAACAGAUGCUGCUGCUUCUGUGGAAAAAACUGAGGAGUUGCUGGAAAACUGAAAGUAUAUAAUUCCCGCUCUUGAAAAAAAAAUUAAUACUGUGAUGCUUCUUAAGAUUUUCUUGAUACUAAGAAAACUGUCCAGUUAUAAGCCCUUUGCUCCUGAUGGUAUUUAUUUCCUCCAAGUAAAAAGCAGGGGCUGUUCUUUUCCAAAUGCGUUUUUAUAUCUGUUUUUAAGGUUAAUUUUUUUUAGUGAACAUUAUCUAUUUCUCAGGGAAUGCUACUGAGUCCAUUUUACUAAUCUUGUGUGACUCCUAAUCUUACUUUUAUAUGAGCCACAUUCUCUGCAGUAGUAGAUAUAUUUCAUAGUUAUUGAAGAUACUUUCUGGAUUCACUUUUUGAGAAAAAAUAAAGAUGUAUUUUUUAAUUUCAUAAAAUCUGAAACAUUGCUCACUAUUGGCCAGGUGGGGGUUACUACAACUUAUAAUUCAGUACCAGCUGGAGAGAAACAGGUUCUUGCCCCUUGAUAGGUAAUUGAGAAGGCUGCCUGUAUAUUUUGCCCUUGUUAACAGUGUCCUACUUUUUUUGAAUAAACAUGUUUGUUAUA